ACCCUGCUUGCCCACCGUAUUCAAGCUGCCUGCCCACAGGAAGGGCAGGAUGCCAGACCUGCAGCGUAAAUGGGCUGAAAGGCUGCCCUGACUGGGCAGCGGACCGAUCGCCCGUCGAGAGUUCAGUUCUAGUUUCCUAGAGUGGGGGAAGUUUUCUCUUCUCACAGUGAGAGCUGGAAUCGCAUUUCAAGCCAAACCGAAAGGAAGACUAGUUUCUAGAGGUUCAAAGGAGAAGAAAAUCUGAUUUGCUGUCAGUAACUUUGCACUUUCGACGGGAAGGAGAAGGAAGAGGGGGAGGGUUGGUUCUGCUCAGCCCCACCCCUUGGGCUGUCCAUCGGAGUACAGCCGUCCAUUGCUGUCGCGGCGGAGGCAGCACCAGGACUCCUCAGGGAGCGCAGGACAGUGCCUGGACCUGGAGCAGCGCAGGCGCCCGGCCAAGCAAAGAGUGAGUAUGUUAGCCGUGCACUUUGACAAGCCAGGAGGACCAGAAAACCUCUACCUAAAGGAGGUGGAGAAGCCGAGCCCAGGAGAGGGUGAAGUCCUCCUGAAGGUGGUGGCCAGCGCCCUGAACCGGGCGGACUUACUCCAGAGACAAGGCCAGUAUGACCCACCCCCAGGAGCCAGCAGCAUUCUGGGACUCGAGGCAUCUGGAUACGUGGUAGAGCUGGGGCCUGGCUGCCAAGGGCAAUGGAAGAUUGGGGACCCAGCCAUGGCUCUACUGCCUGGCGGGGGCCAGGCUCAAUAUGUUACUAUCCCUGAAGGGCUCCUCAUGCCCAUCCCGGCAGGACUGACCCUGCCCCAGGCUGCAGCUAUCCCAGAGGUCUGGCUCACCGCCUUCCAGCUAUUACAUCUCUUGGGAAACGUUCAGGCUGGAGACACUGUGCUAAUCCAUGCAGGAUCAAGUGGCGUGGGCACAGCUGCCAUCCAACUCACUCGGAUAGCAGGAGCUACUCCUCUGGUCACAGCUGGCUCCCAGCACAAGCUUCAGAUGGCAGAAAAGCUCGGAGCAGCUGCUGGAUUCAAUUACAAAGAAGAGGAUUUUUCUGAAGCAACACUGAAAUUCACUAAAGGCGCUGGAGUCAACAUUAUUCUAGACUGCAUAGGCGGAUCCUACUGGGAGAAAAAUGUCACCUGCUUGGCUCUUGAUGGUCGCUGGGUUCUCUAUGGUCUGAUGGGAGGAGCUAACAUCAGUGGGCCUCUGUUUUCAAAGCUGUUUUUUAAACGAGGAAGUCUGAUCACCAGUCGGCUGAGAUGUAGGGACAAAAAGUACAAGCAAAUGCUGGUGAAGGCUUUCACAGAACAAAUUCUGCCCCACUUCUCCACCGAGGGCCCCCAACGUCUACUGCCGGUUCUGGACAGAGUCUUCCCCGUGACUGAAAUCCAAGAGGCCCAUGCGCACAUGGAGACUAACAAGAACGUGGGCAAGAUCGUCCUGGAGCUGCCCCAGUGAAGGACGAGGAGGCAGUACAGGACACGGCUACCUCAGGCCUUCCCAGAGCAAACGUGGAGAAAACUCACUGUGCGCGGCCAAGAGGCCGGGUGUUGCUCCGGGCCCGCGUGUAACCCACGGGUCCCCCCCCA